UAACAACAAUCCCUAUCUCUUGUGAGUUUGUAACUAUUUUCAGUUCAUGACACAGAAGCAGUGGAAAAGCAAAAUCACUCUCCUCGUUCUUUUUUCAUUUAUUUUCUCAGCAAACUAACCCAAACUUACAAAUUCGAUGUCCCCUUACGAUCCCUUGGUGUUGCUAAACCGAAAAUGGAAAGGAAACAAGUUAGAGGAGUACUUUCACUCCAUAGCUGUAAAUCCAAAAUUGAAUUCCAAAGUCAACCAGAUCAUUGUUCAAGUCCAAACAGAUAUGAAUCACGAUCAAUCCGAAGACGGACUUUUGGCAGCAGCAGCUCUUCUUUCUGCUAUUGAUUAUGGGUAUGGUGAUGAUUGUGAGAGACUCAAAGAAGCUGGAUUUGCUGUAGUGGAUAAAGAGAAACUAACAAGCUGCAUUGCAAAAAUGGCAGUGAUUCUGAGGGAGGCCCGAGAUGUUGGACGCAGUGUAAAGGAACAGAAACUUGCGUCAUCAAAUACAGAAUCUUUGGAUUUUGAAGUGGACUGGAAAUUUAGUGGAAAAGAAGAUGAAGAGUUGGCGAAAUUUGAUCAAGCAUUGUUCAUGGAGCCUGCAAAUGCAGAUUUUAUUAAAAUUCUAGGCUGCAUUCCGCUAAAAUGGUUGCCAAGAUGGAUGUCAUGUUGGGGUUACUAGCAUUGGCUAGACAUCUUCUGUUUUUGUGGUGCAGCGUUUGCCCGAAAGAUUAGAGUAAGGCAUUGAGUAUUUCUUGUUGAAAGAAUAAAAAUAAUGCUGAGGGUCGUUGUUCUCAUAAUGUUAACUCUUCAAACAUUUGAAUUUGAAAUAAAGGUCAAUUUUCUCCCUUAGAUUUUGUAAA